AUGGGAUCCGAACUAGGAUUGACGGCGGGUUCCAAGGAGGAAAUCAACCUCGACAAAGUCGGCAUUUGGUGGAUAAUAUGGGCCAGUGUAUGGACUUGCGUGCUGCUUUGUGGCAUGGCAUACUUGAUCUAUCGGCGCAAUACACCUAUCCUGCGCAUACGAGGCAUUGGGCUGUCUCUCGCGGCUGUGGUGUUGCUUCACCUAUACUUCUUUUCGGUCCAGUUGGGAUACGUUGUUGGGGCCCUGGUCCCAGGUGAUUGCGAGUUCUGGAUCAUGGGAACCUACUUGCCCCUUGGCAUUGCCCUUUUCCACGCAUCCAACAGUCGGUUCCUCUAUGUUGCCAAAGCCCAAAAGAAGUAUCUCCACCGCCAAGUUGAUGCACCGGUUAGCUCGAGGAGGAACAUGGGCAUCUAUAAUCGCUUCAAGAGCCUCAACUAUACGACCAAGAUGGUGACGGUUGUUGGGUUCGGCAUGGGAAUCCAGCUGCUCCUCACCGUCCUCAUGUGGUUGAUUUCUCGCAAAUGGCACAGUGGAUGGGGCAUCCCCGGCACCGAAGUAUAUGGCACCGAAAUGGAGCAAAAGGUAGAAAUGGGUCGAGGUUGGGAGUGGUGGCCAGGUAUCUUCUGGCAGUUUGUCUGGGCCUGGGUUGUCGCUCCUUGUAUCCUUUGGAAAUCUCGGAACAUUAACGACACCCAUGGCUGGAGAAUCCAAACCGUUGGUUGUGCUGUUGCUGGAUUACACGCAACCCCCAUGUGGCUCAUUGCUCUUUAUGUCCCCGCCAUGGAACCUGUCAACAGGUAUUUCUUGCCUCCUCAAUGGAUCUGCAUCUCCAUUGUUGCCCUUGAAGUUUUGACGGUCUUCUUACCGUGCUGGGAAGUCAUGCGUGCCACCAAUCUCCGCCAAGAGACUCUUGACUCCAUUGCGCAAUGGGAGAGUAAGAAUAAAGUGACUGGUGGUAGUACCAAGACCGUGAAUACGGCAUCUACCGCCGUCGACUCGUUGAUGAGCGGUCGCAAGUCUAGCAACGGCUCUGUCAAGUCAACUGAUUCGCAAGAGAGUAUCCUCACCAUGAGCGCACUUGAAUACGUCUUGGAGCGCAACCCGACUCCUCUGCAAGAAUUUUCAUCUCUUCGCGACUUUUCUGGCGAAAACAUCGCCUUUCUUACCAGUGUGGCCGAAUGGAAGGCCUCGUUACCCCAAUCAGUUCAUUCUGGCGUGGUUAAGAGCACCAUAAGGGAGCUUGUGCGUGAGAGAUUCAAUGGCGCUCUUCGUGUUUACGCCCAAUUUAUAAGCAUCAAGGACGCGGAGUUUCCCAUCAACAUUUCAUCGAAUGAGCUCAAAAAAUUGGAGGCCGUCUUCGAAGCAUCUGCUCGAACAUUGUACGGCGACAAGGGUGAAGUUGACCCUGCGACACCCUUCAAUUUCCCCAUGUCUGUGACCAAAUCAUCCGAUGCGGCGUCAUCUAAUGUCUCCGAAAAGAGCGGCACACAAGGAACGUCCUGCUCGGACGGUGUUCAAUUCUGGGGCGAAGUCCCCGAGGCCUUUGACGAGACUGUAUUUGACGAUGCGGAGAAGCAUAUCAAGUACCUUGUUCUCACGAACACGUGGCCCAAGUUUGUCAAAGAUCGUCGAACGUCAUUUGAGAUGGAUGACUCUACGGAGAAGGGACGGUCCAUUAUUAGCUUUGUACGCGGUCGCCGAAGCAGGAGGUGA